GACGAGGCCACAUCCACGCGCGUGCAGUAUCGUUCGCAAGCCCGAGGCUCAAGCGCUGGAGUCGCCGAGGCGCAGGAAGGGGAUGCUUCAGUCGAGGAAGCGGCACAGACCGAGGCGCAGCGCGACGACGAGCUUGACGCAUGGCUGCGCCGCCUCGGCGCAACGCGCGUGCGUGGCGCGCGCUUCAUGCUCGAAGUGUUCAAGGAUGACGCAGCGAAGAAGAGCGCAUUCGAGAUGAUGAACGAGAGCGGCGUAUCGCUGAUCCGGGAGCUGUGCGAGCUCGUCGAGGGUUCUGUGUAUCGAGGCGAGCUGGACGCUCCCCGAUGGCUCCUGAGUCUGCUGUAUAGUCCGACUGGACGCAGCACCGACGGCAGCAAGACUCCUUCUUUCACCCCUGAGACUCGACGCUUCGAGUCCUCCUUGGCCUGGUCACGCAGCACGGACGUCGCGCGUAGGACAGCGCUCGAGGCAGAGUACGCCGCCGCCGACCCAGCUGACUUCGGCACGCACAUGCUCCUUCGUCGCUACGUCCUACCGCCGGCCGCUUUCGAACCCGAUCGGAAGGCGGCCGCACGGCACGCCCGCCAUGUCGCUUUCUACGACGCUCCGUUCCUCGGCGGUGCGCUGGUGAAGAUCAAGAGCAAGAUCCGCGAGCAUGAGGAGUCCAUCAUCGCGAAGAGCCUGUCUCACCCGGCCGUGCGCUGCUUUCAGCUCUACCAGAGCAGCGGCAUGGGCAAGUCGCGGCUGCUGCACGAGCUCUGCGCAUCAGCGACAGACAGCGUCAGCGAGCCGAUUGUAGGCUUCAACAUCAGCCUGGCUCUGCCGACGAGCUCGUCCAUGCCUGCCGGAGACGAACUCAAGCUCCUGCGCAGCAAGGUCUCUUUCAAGUCCCGUCCUUGCGACCGACGUGUGUGCCUGCUACUCUUCUUCUGCGCCUUCUUCGAGAUCGUCGCGGAGCAAUUCGGCAGUCUGGAAUCGCUGCAGGCCCGCAGCCGCUUCGCCGAGCUCUCGGAGCGUACGAGCACCGCCGAGAUGCUGCCGUCUGAAUACGAGGCAGCGCAGAGCAAGCGGAGAGACUUCCUGCGCGCCGUCGAUGCGCGCUUCCACGAUCUCUGGAUGCUUAAUGAGUUAUUUUCGCCUGAGAAGCUUUACGAUGCGCUGCGCAGUGCGACCCGACGGAUCAUGCUGCCGCCGCGUGCAUACUUCGUCCUGGGCCUCGACGAGCUCUCGGCGCUCGUGCCCGGCGCCUCCUCCGCCGAAUUCACAGCCCUCAUUCUCGACGUGCUACGCGCUUGGUCUCCGGCUGCGGAGCGCAUCUGGCUCCUGUUCGCCGAUAGCCUUGGCAGUGCUCCGGCGGCGACGCCGGGCUUCGUCUGGUCCAAUUUCACUCGUCACGGCGUACGGUCAUUCGUCCCGUUCGUCGAUUUCCCGCUCCACCCGUCGUUCAGGACAUUCGCUGGCGAUAGGCCGCUCAGCCAGCGCAGUCUGGCAGAGCUCUCGAGCUUUGAAGUCGCCUGCUCCAUCGGCCGUCCUCUGUGGGCCACGCUCCCGCACAGCUCGGCUUCCCUCGACGACUGUCUCCGACUCGCAGAGGCGAAGCUUACGAACGGCGAGCUGAUGUUGUGGCCCGGGUCGACUGUCGGCUGGGCACAGAUGACGGUGCUACUGUCGCAGCGAGUGGUGCUGCCACAAUGGCUGCGGUUCAAAGAAGCCGCCGACAAGAUCGAGGAACAGGAGAUUCGGCAUCACAUGCGAGUCGUCUACGACUUCGAACAGGUGUCGGAAGAAGCAGACUAUCGCUUCACGUCUGGCUUUCCCGAAGAGCCAAUUCUGGCAUCUGCGGCACGACGCAUCCUCGCCCUCCGUCACCCCGAGUCCGUGGUCUGGGCAGCGGCGUGUGCAACGCUGCGGAGGCUUUGUUGCCACAUGGUCUCCAUCACCAACGGAGUCGCUCGCGAACUCGCAUCACAGAUCAUCACCAGCAUCGCCUACGACCGCGUCCUCGAGCCACGUCGCGACGAGCUGUGCGGCGCUUCCGACCCUGCGGACAAGGGAGCGUGGCAGGAAGAUUCGAUCAUCACCGUGCACGAGUUUGUGUCCUCGCUCCUGGGCCCCGAGGUCGCCUCUCAGCUCGACGACAGGCUGGGCGCCUGCCUCAUGCACUUCUCGCGCUGGUUCUCCCUGGACAAGCGCUGUUCGUCGCCGUCGCAGCAGCUGCUCAAAGCGGCGUUCAUCACGGGAAUUGCUUACAAGGGCGCCGCGGGUCAGGCAGACUGGGAUCUUGGUGAGUCCGGCGCUGAACACGACGAGCGCGCUGCAUGGCCGGCGCUUGCAGGUCUUCUCCCGCGCCGCAUUUGCUCUGGCUUGGACGGCGCAAUGCUCCUGGCUGACGCCCUCUCGUCCAGUCAUCCCGGCGUGGACAGGCCCGCGACACGGCACCGAUCGCCUCUGCGACCACCCGUUCACCGCAAUCUACGUGCAGGUCAAGAAUCGCGUAAAGGUCAGCCAGCAGAUCUGCAGAUGGUCUUCCGUUGCUGACUUUCUGCGCAGGGUGGAUUUCUGGGCGAAGUCGCCUUUUCGCACGGCCUGAAGCGCAAGCGGUCGGACUCGCCGCACAACGAGGAGCAGCCCGAGGUGCAGCCGCUUCUUCUUUGGAUGAACCUGGCUGCGCCUCCGCGUGCUGCGAAGACGGAGAUCAGGCCGGAGGAGGGCAAUCUGC